GGAAGUUCAUGGAUGUGCGGUGAAGAGGCACAAGGUAGAGAGCAGAUAAGAUAGCAGACACAAAUUGUUAUUAUAGGCUCUAUCUUGCACUGGCAGUUUAGUCUCCUCUCAGGAAAACAGAAAAAAAGAAAAAUGGCCUCAGCAUCACUUCUCAAGUCAUCACCAGUCCUUGACAAGUCUGAGUUUGUCAAGGGUCAGACCCUCCGCUUGCCCUCUGCCUCCAUUGUCCGGUGCCGCUCCACCGCCCCUUCUUCCCUUACCGUUCGUGCUGGUUCUUAUGCUGAUGAGCUUGUCAAGACCGCGAAAACCAUUGCAUCUCCUGGUCGUGGUAUUUUGGCCAUGGACGAGUCCAAUGCUACCUGUGGGAAACGUCUAGCCUCAAUUGGGCUAGAGAACACUGAGGCUAACCGCCAGGCAUACCGAACCCUUCUUGUGACAGUCCCUGGUCUUGGCAAUUACGUCUCUGGUGCCAUCCUUUUUGAGGAGACUCUCUACCAAUCCACAACUGAUGGCAAGAAGAUGGUUGAUGUUCUUGUUGAGCAGAAGAUUGUUCCUGGUAUCAAAGUCGACAAGGGUUUGGUGCCUCUAGCUGGUUCCAAUGACGAGUCGUGGUGCCAAGGUCUUGAUGGACUUGCCUCCCGCUCAGCUGCUUACUACCAGCAGGGUGCUCGUUUCGCCAAAUGGCGUACUGUUGUGAGCAUUCCCAACGGCCCAUCUGCCUUGGCAGUGAAGGAGGCUGCCUGGGGUCUUGCCCGCUAUGCUGCCAUUUCUCAAGACAACGGAUUGGUCCCUAUUGUGGAGCCAGAAAUCUUACUUGAUGGCGAGCAUGGCAUUGAGAGGACUUUUGAAGUAGCCCAGAAGGUGUGGGCUGAGGUUUUCUACUACAUGGCAGAGAACAAUGUCAUGUUUGAGGGUAUCCUCCUCAAGCCUAGUAUGGUCACUCCUGGCGCUGAAUGCAAGGACAGGGCCUCCCCUGACCAAGUUGCUGAAUACACCCUCAAGCUCCUCCACAGGAGAAUCCCCCCAGCCGUCCCUGGAAUCAUGUUUUUGUCUGGUGGGCAAUCUGAGGUCGAAGCAACCCUGAACCUCAACGCAAUGAACCAAUCUCCAAACCCAUGGCACGUGUCAUUCUCAUAUGCCAGAGCUCUCCAGAACACUUGUUUGAAAACAUGGGGAGGCAGGCCAGAGAACGUUCAGGCAGCUCAGGAAACACUUCUCAUCCGUGCCAAGGCCAACUCUCUUGCUCAGCUUGGCAAGUACACCGGUGAAGGAGAGUCAGAUGAUGCCAAGAAAGGAAUGUACGUCAAGAACUACUCCUACUAAGCUGUUGUGAUUGAAAUCUAUAGAUGAAGAAGAUGGAGAUUCGAGGGAGCAACUGCAACACUAAUUUCUCUCAACGUGUUAAAUGAUUUAUAGCCAUGGAGACUAUUUUUGUUCUUUGUUACAUGUACUUUUAGUAACAUAAUAAACCUCUUGCCAGUGA